AUGGAGGAAGAGCGAAAAGUGACAGACUUUGAGAUGCUAGUUCAAUGCUGGCAUAUGAGCCCUGAUAACUUCUCUUCAAUAUCUGAGUAUGUUGAGGAUUUCAUGCGCGCGGCAGCACGCCUCGCGGACAGAGACAUGACCAUUCCACCAUACGCAAUCUUGCUGAAAAUCAUGGAUGGCUUAGGCCAGACCAACCGACUCCCCCUGAAAAAUAAAUUGAUUGACAAAUUGCAACAAACUAACCACACGGGAUCGAACUUUACCCAAGGGAAACUACAGGAGUAUGUCAACAUGCUUCAAGAGGAGUUGAGAAUCGAAGAAAUCACGCGCAGCUCCUAA